UCCAAAAAGUUGACAGCUGUGGCAAAUUCAGGCGAUCUAUCCGUAUCUUUAAGUGAUGAAAAUGCUAUUUCUCUUCAAAAAGCCGUAUCAACUAUAAAAAUAUUAGAUCUAAAUGAUCCUGGAUUCUCCUACCCUAAUCUGGCCAAUCCCCACUGGCGCGACAAUCCACGAGGCAUUUGUUUGCUAAUUAAUCAACGGGACUUUGACCAUGCAAAGACGGGACAGGAGCGUCGAGAUGGAACUGACCGGGAUGCGGACAAUAUUGAAAGAGUUUUUAAACGCCUUGGCUACUCAGUUAAUAGAUCUACCAACGUAACAAUGCGGCAGUUCCAGUCCCUACUUUUUGAGGUAUCCUCGCAAAAUCACGGUAAAUAUGAUAGUUUUGUAUGCGUCAUCCUCAGUCACGGCGCCAAUGGGGUAAUUUAUGCAACUGAUGGCUAUCUACCUACAGAUGCCAUUGUCUCCUUCUUCAGAGCUGACCGGUGCUCCUCAUUAGCUGGAAAGCCAAAGCUGUUUUUUAUUCAAGUUAGUCUAAGCUGUUUUGAUCAUUCCUAUAUUACAUGUCUUCUAAUUACAACUAAUAAAAUCACGAAGCGGGCUAAAUAA